UCAAGAUCCAGCGAUGACAGCACUGCGUGAGCUGAGCACGCUCGAUCCGAGCCUGACGUACGCCCGCGAACGGCGCUUCCAGUUUGCAGCCGCGGGUAGCGUUGUCAUCCUCCAGGACAUUGCGCAUGUCGGUGGCACGGUCUGGGACGCGGGCGUUGUCCUGAGCCACUACCUCGAUACGCUGGGCUCGAUCACGAUGAAAGGCAAACGCCUGGUCGAGCUCGGCGCAGGCACCGCACUACCGAGUAUCAUCGCGGCGCGUCUUGGCGCUAACGUCGUUGCGACCGACAUGAGCGAUGUGCUGCCGUACACGAAUGCUGCGAUCGCUGCCAACACGACCCAGUGCGAUGCGAUUCAAGCGGUCGAGCUCGUAUGGGGUCGACACGGCGCGGGCCUCAAGGCCAUCGCCCAUCGUGCAUGCGAUUACAUUGUCGCUGCUGACGUCGUGUACAACGAAACGUACUUCGACGCGCUUCAAGAGACGCUGCGCGCUCUCUCAUCGCCAGCAACGCGUAUCCUCAUCUGCUUUGAGCAGCGGCGGCGCGACCUCGGGACCUUCUGGGCCUCCUGUGCGCCGACCUUUACGGUCACGCGUCUCUCGUCGCCGCUUCUGGACGCAUGCCACGCUGAAGCAAAGAUUCAGCUCUUCGAGCUCCGUAGCCGCAGCGAUCCAGCGUCUGUCUAA